CAUAUUUUUGCCGUCCUUCUGCUGUGUGGUGAGAUACAUGGAGACGGAAGUUUAUCGCGAAACGGUCGACUGUACGUAACGAGCGUGAAUCUCCCGUGUGCGUGGUGAACGUAAAAUGGUGCUUUGGCUGCACUUGAAUGUGGCGUGGUUCUGUUCUACUGUGUGACCGUGCAGUUGCAUCAACGCAUCCUCACCUAAGCCCUAGCGGGCGCGCGCGUGUGUGCGUGUGUGUGCAGAAGAGUUGUUGUUGCUGUGCAGUGUGUGCGCCCUAGAUGAUGUUCAAGAUAGCGUGAGCCUUCGUCUGUGUGAUCAUCUGUCUCUGUGUGUGUGAUCGUAGUGAAGUGCUGAAACGAUCGAGUCUUCCGCUCUCCCUCCUCCCCACACCGGUCCUGCUAUGGUGUUACGAGUGAAGUGUCCAGUGCUCAAUUACAACAGCAGCAAGUGAAGGUGAUUUGCAAACAAGAGUGAUUCGCUUCCGGCCUCUUCCACUAGCCCUUCCCCUACCCGGGGAACCGCUUAAGCACGAGGGCGGGCUCGGUUUGUGUGGCCAGAGACGUCAGCCUCUGACGGCUGUGGCCACAUACAGCAAACGCAUCUUUCCGGUUCGUCUCUGCGCGCGUGUGGGUGUGUGUGUGUGUGAGUGACGUCCAAUCGAGUGCAGCCAGCGUGAUGGGUUACGAUCUGGCCCGCUUUCAGGGUGAUGUCGACGAAGAACUGAUCUGCCCCAUAUGCUCCGGCGUGCUGGAGGAACCGCUGCAGGCCGUUGCCUGCGAGCAUGCAUUUUGUCGCGGCUGCAUCACCGAAUGGCUGUCGCGGCAGCCGACCUGCCCGGUCGAUCGCAACCCCAUCACCAACAACAACCUGCGCGCCGUGCCGAGAAUACUGCGGAAUCUGCUCUCCCGGCUAAACAUCACGUGCGAGAACGCGAUGUACGGCUGCACGCUGGUGCUCAAGCUGGACACGCUGGCCGCCCACAUCGAGGAGUGCGAGCACAAUCCGAAGCGACCGCUGCCGUGCGAGAAGGGCUGCGGGUUCGUCAUACCGAAGGACGAGUACAAGGACCACAACUGCUUCCGGGAGCUGCGGUCGCUCGUGCACAGCCAGCAGCAGAAGAUGGGCGAGCUGAAGAACGAAAUCAACGAUCAAAAUCUGGUGAUAAACGAGCUGAAGCGGGAGCUGAACCUGGUGAAGGACUUUAUGCGAGCGAUGCGCGUCUCCAACCCUGCCAUGCGUGCCAUUGCGGAUCAGAUGGAGCGGGACGAGGUGAUGCGAUGGUGCAACGGGCUGGCAAGGGCCCGCGUGACACGCUGGGGCGGCAUGAUCUCCACCCCGGACGAUGCACUGCAGCUCAUGAUUAAGCGGGCGCUUUCGGAGUCCGGCUGCCCACCGCACAUACUGGACGAUCUGAUGGAAAACUGCCACGAACGUCGGUGGCCCCGCGGUCUCAGCUCGCUCGAAACACGCCAAAACAAUCGACGGAUAUACGAAAACUACAUCUGCCGGAGAGUGCCGGGCAAACAGGCGGUGCUGGUCCUGCAGUGCGACAACACGCACAUGAACGAGGACGUGAUGGUGGAGCCGGGACUGGUGAUGAUAUUUGCUCAUGGCAUCGAAUAGUUAGCGGGCG